GACGUCACUUCCUUCUUUCUCUUCGACCACCGCCAUAGUGGUGAAAGGACUGUGGAGAAGAUGUCGUCCCACAAGACUUUCAGGAUCAAGCGUUUUCUCGCCAAGAAGCAGAAACAGAACCGGCCUAUCCCUCAGUGGAUCAGAAUGAAGACCGGUAACAAGAUCAGGUACAACUCCAAGAGGAGACACUGGAGAAGGACCAAGCUCGGCCUGUAAACACGAUGUUCUGAGGAUUCCUCCUCGACAUCUGUCUGGACCUCCAGCUGCUGGGCCGGACCACAGGGAGGGAUCUGUUGUCUGGAGCAGCAGUCGUUUUGUACAGUUACUCUGGUUCAUGCUCAUGUUUGACAAUAAAAGAUCAGUGAUCAAACUUGAAAA